GCUAAUGCGUUGUUCAAAGUAUAUUUUGUAUAAUUUUUGUUCAAAGACAGUUCAAAGAAGUUCAAAGAAGUUCAAAAAUAAAGAUGUAAAUAGAGCCUCUAAUUCAAGACCCAUUGGAUUGAAAUUUGAAGUUCAUCAUACCACGAAAAGGAAGGUGCUCGGAGAAAUCCUUGCGGUCUUAUCACAAAGCACCACGGAUGAGCAUUUAGUUGGAAGUUUACGCCUCCUCUCUGAUGUCACAAAACUUACCCAGAGUCCAAUCUGUAUCUCAAACAUUAACGAGAAUUGUUUUGUGUCAGUGUCAGAAAUUGAAUGCGCACCUGUAAAUUUCAUAAUUCAUAAAAAUGUUAUGAAUCCAUUAGCAAAUAAAGUUGUAUCCUUGAAAGAUAUGCUGGUAUUAUUGGCACAAUGGGCAUGCAUUGAAGUGCAACUUGGUGAACUAGAAAACACAUUUUUGCAGGUUAAUUAUUUGGCAUAAAUUGGAGUUAAAGACAAAGGAGAUUGUAUAUGUUAUUUAAUAAGAAUAGAUUUUAUAAAUGGCCUAGCAAUAAAAUUAAAUAUGCAGGGAGAGGACAAAAAAUUGGAAUAGGAAAAAUGUUGAUUGCAUAUCUU